CAGCUCUUGAGCUCAGUUGACUGGCAGUAUGGCGGUGGCCGCGGGAGUGUGAGGAAGUGCCGCUCCUCCGCUCAGACCGCUCUUCGUCGUUGUAUGGAUCACAAGCGGUGCUGCAGCUCGUCAAGAGGCAGGCUUCAUGCUAGAAACCAUUGGAAAAUAUCAAGAUAGCGUGUGCAGUAAGAUGCAUCGUACUAAGAGGAUACUGAAGGCUCAAGCUUAAGUGAAAAAAAUAUAUACAAAACAAAAAAAGUGCAAAACCAGGUCUGACCGCAAAAUAUCUUCUGCUUGUAGCCGUUCUUGCAACAGCAACCGUGUUCUAAAGAAUAUACGUAACAGAAAACCAUUUAAAGUUGGUGAAUGGACUUGGUUGCCGGCCGGGGUGCUAUCAAGGACAGAAGUGUCAACGCUUGCCAUGUGAAGCUGUGCAGGAGAGGACAGUGGGAGGGAGGCAGAGAGGCGUGAAGCAAUAGACAACAAUUGUUACCUCAACUUCCGACUUCGUUUUUAUUUACUUUCAAAACGCUUUUGACUCCUCGUUCAUAUUACGUUUACAGCCUCUCACUUUAGACCUCUGAUUAUAGUUGAGUGCGUAAAAGAGAAGUGUAAGUUUAAUUAUUUUUACCAGUGCUCAAAGAAAGUGUCAUUUUGUGUGGCCAACAUUACCUAGUAAGCGGGACCAUUUGAAUUGCUAAACCUGUGAUAUUGGACUAGACAAGUGGGCAGCAGCAACCUAGACUUGCACAAAAACUUGAAGUGUUGUAGUUAAGCCUUGGUUAAUUAACAGGAGAACAGUUGUGCAAGUUAAAGACUAUUUGCUACAUCAACUGAAUGAGUUCGUUUCAUGGUUUCAUGGAAGAUAAAAGACUUCUAAACUCGAGAUUGUUUUGGUUCGCUACAGUACCUUAGUUUUGAAAUGCCGUAUGAGAGAUACUGUUCAGUGGCAGCGGAUUCAAGACAGUCUGUUGAAUGCAAGAAAGAUUAAGCUCCGGUAAAGUUCCACCCCGGGCACCUCAAGGCCCCACCACCAGGAUGCGGGUGACGGGUCUGGUGAGCGAGUAUUGGGGCAGCGGAGGAAAUGUUGAGGAGGAGGAGGUGGACGUGGAGGCGCAGUUCUCCGCCCACACACCAGGCACGACGCACCACGCCGCCCAGCGUCGCCCAGGUGAGAAUGAAACUACUGCAGAAGGCAGUGGGUCUGACUCCCAGAGUGAGAGUGGCAUCAGCAGUAGCAGUGGAAGUAGCAUGAGUAUUGCUGGGCAGAAAAGAAAGAAGACUAGCUUAAGCGGAUCAACAGGUCCACCUCGUCGGGGUAAAAAGAGAAGAUCUGGAGUAUCUGCGAGGGAAAGAAACCUCCGGCGACUAGAGAGUAAUGAACGCGAGAGGAUGAGAAUGCACUCACUAAACAAAGCUUUCCAGGAAUUACGUGAAGUCAUCCCACAUGUGAAGAUGGAUAGGCGGCUGAGCAAGAUUGAAACCCUGACCUUGGCUAAACACUACAUUAUGGCCCUCACCAACACAGUAUGUGACAUGCGUGGAGAUGAGAAACCAUAUAAAUUUUUAGAGGCUUUUGUAAACCAAGAUGAUGAACAUCCAGAUGAUGAUGAGGAGGAAGAGGAAGAGGAGGAAGAAGAGGAAGAAAUGGAAGAAAUCAAUAAUAAUGGUGUCACACAAGUGUUAUAGAUUGGACUCUAAAAACUUUAUGGGUAAGGCAGUAAGACCAAAGUUGCAUCAGAUGUAUAAAAAAACUUGUAACCAAGUUAUACAGUGUGCAAAUUAUAUUACACAGCAUAAAUAUGUUGGGGUCGGGGCAUGAGAGUAAUUAUCAGUAAACACAAUGGUUGUAUUUCUCACUGUACUGUAUAAUAUAAAAUUUCACAUUUUGAAGCCCUGAAGCUAAUUGGUUUCAGUCAGUAUAGAGUCAAUGUAGUGAAGUACAUACAUAGUGGGAUAUUGCUUUCAUGCCCCGACCCCCUGAUCAGUGCUUCUAAUAGGAAAUUAUGGAAGUGUAGUUUUAAAUGAAUGAAUAUCUUUCGAGACAUUAUUUGAAUUUGGUAUUAAUGUGAUUUUUCAUGAUACCAAGAUACAGUAUAUACAAAUAAAAUUGUAUAUUUACAUGUAAAGCAUACUGUUGUAAACUAAACUAAAGCAUGAUAUGCUUUUUUGAAGUGACGUGGAUUGUGCAAUAGUUAUUUUAAGAAAAGUACUUGGAAAGGUAAAUAAAAUGGUGGACCACAUA